CUCUUUCACAGUCACACCAGCAACAGGAGACAGAGGAGGCACAGAGACUCAGUGGAUGGAAUGAUGACCACAGACUUGCACUGAGAGACAGGCGAUCCUCUCCCAAAAGAUGAAGAUCCGCGUGCUGCAGAUCUGGGGCUUCCUGCUGUCGGUGACAGGCUGGAUCUUCAUAGCCUGCUCCAUGGCCAUGGAGGGCUGGAAGGUGACCUCCAUCGGGGGCCAGGGCGGCAACUCCAUCAUCACCGUGGCCUGGUACUGGUCCAGCCUCUGGAGGUCCUGCUUCACAGACUCCACCGCCGUCACCAACUGCUACGACUUCCCCGUGCUCUGGUCUGUGGACGAUCAUGUGCAGAUAGUGCGUGCCCUCCUGAUGGGCGGCCUCAGCCUGGGCAUGCUGGGCUUCAUCCUGUCCCUCCUGGGCAUGGAGUGCACAUACAUCGGGGGCAAAGACAAGGAGAAGAACAGGGCUCUCUUCUCUGGUGGCAUCUGCCAUGUUAUUGCUGGAAUUUCGGCAGCCGCUGGCUACGCUGUGUAUGCUCAGUUUGUCAGGGCUGAGUACUUAAAUCCCAACAUUGACGGCCUACAGUUUGAUCUGGGCACGCCCCUCUUCCUGGGGUGGGCCGGUUCUGCCUUCCACAUCAGUGGGGGCGUAUUUCACCUGGUGACUGUUUGCAAGAUAUGGGCCCUAGAAUACUCGACAACUCCAGUUUUGGUGGCCCCUGUUCCGAUUGCCAAAGACGAACUGCCCGUCUCGUCCAAGUUCUCCACGGUGUCCGAGAUCUCCUCGGCGUCCAAAUCGUCCUACAUAUCGAAGAUUUCCUCCAGAACCGCAUUCUCCAGCGUCUCGGGCAUCACGGAGAAGACGGGCCGUUCUUCCAAGACCAAACGCUCCCUGAGGUCCGAGCGUUCGGCCAGGUCGAAGACUUCCGACAGGUCAGACGAGAGGUCACUGGGGUCGGAGAGGUCAUCGAGGUCCGGUCGGUCGUCCAGAUCGGAGAGGAGCUCGCUGGCCAGCAGAUCAGCUGACCUCAGCAGCAGACAGUCACAGUCAGCCUAUUCUGAUGCAACAAGUGAUCAAGCCUUAUUCAUUAAAAACUCCUACAUUUAGACUAGGACGGGCUCCUAUACACGGCAU